AUGCGUUUCGCAUACAUCACAUUACUGAUAACAUGGUCUGUGAUUGUGAUAAUGCCACAACCACAAGUGAUGGCCCAAAUGAACCCGCAAAAGCUUGCAGCAAUUGAGGACUUUCUAACGGAGACAAUGGCAUGUCGGAAUAUUCCUGGUCUACAGAUUGCGUUGGUUACGAGUGAGGAAGUGCUCAUGGCAAAAGGGUACGGUCUCUCAAACAUCGAGAAGGGAACACCGAUGACUGAAAGGACAGUAACUUCUAUUCAGUCGAUCUCAAAGGGAAUGCUCUCGACGCUUGUUGCAGCCGUCCUUUCUGAUCUCAACCAAAGUGGGUUAGAUUUUGACACGCGCUUGCAAGCCAUCAUGGGAGAAGACUUCAACACAUCUGAUCCUUUGGUAACGGAAUAUGCGAGUUUAAAAGAUUUCUUAGCCAUGAAGACUGGAUGUAACUUUCCCGAAGUCCUUGUUGAGAGCUUCCAGGUUAUGACACCUGAUGAGUUUAUCAGAAAUCUCAAACACUACAAAUGUCAAUGGCGAUUUCGAACUGGGAUGCAUUACUCUACAACAGGUUACCUCGUCGUCUCAAAGGCUUUAGAGAAAUUAACUGGUAAAUCGUUUGAUCAGCUGAUGAAAGAAUACAUCUUUAACCCACUGGGUAUGACAGACUCGGACAUUGUGUCAAAAGCUACAGAAAUAUAUGGAUUUUCCCACGCCUACACUACUGGUCCUGAUGGCAGAUCAGAUGUAGAAGUGACUCCUGCGUUUAUAAGUCAGAGUGGCCACAUGAUGGGUGGAGCGGGGGUAGCCUCUAAUGCAAAUGAUGUGGCAAAUUAUCUUCAAAUGCAUUUAAAUAAUGGGAAAAAUCAAGCCGGACAGCAAAUCAUUGAAGAAUCCAAGUUGAGGAUCACGAAGGAAAAUUGGAACAUAUUUACCCGUAAAUCCUUUACACUACCUCGGCCUACAUUCCCGUCGGGAUUCUCCAGUGGUGCAUAUGGAUUCGCAUGGAUAAAGGGAUACCAAAAAGGAUAUGUGAUGCUUCAUCAUCCCGGAAGUUAUGCUUAUUACCGGACCCAUGUUGUCAUCUGGCCCGAUUUAGACUUGGCCUUGUUCUUACACACAAAUGGUAGACAAUUUGUCGAACAAACAAAUGCCAUUUUUCCAAUCAUCAUAUACAUUCUUGAUGUCUUGAAUGGGGACGUUCCUUGGUUGAACACAACCACUGGGUGUAGCUAUCCAGAACCCUGGCGGACAGCAGUCAAGGCGCUCCCGGAAUCCAUUCCUACUGACCUUGAUCCGGCGUUGGCCUUGGAGAAAUAUGUAGGUUACUAUGGACAACCAGGCUAUGGAUGCUUUCAAGUAACAUUAACUAAUGAUGUCCUAGAAAUGACGUAUGGAAAGACGGGAGAGUUUGAACUUCACGCCACUGGUAAUGGACACGAAUUCUGGCGGAAAGGCAAUGGCCUGCAAGCCUGGAGGUGGAGUAAACAAGACUGGUAUAACGCAGAGAGUCCAUAUCCGCGGACUUGUGAGUUUUCUGUGGACUCUGGGAGUGUGACUGGGGCGAGUUGUAAGUUUGAUUUUAACUACGAAGGAUAUGAAAAGAUUAAUGGAGAGAAGCCAGAGAUUGAAGCACUGUGUUCGGAGUAUACAACAGGAAUUCCACUUGAGUUCAAGAGAUCUAUCCCAAUGCCUGAACCCUUGCUACCUACUUGGGCAAUAGUUGUUAUAACCGUUGCUGUUGGACUAGUGGUCGCUGCUAUACUUGGCUGCAUCAUAUACCGAGGAAGAAAGAUGAAACGCAAGGAAUCUAAAGACACAUUACCAGACAGUAACGCUUACCUAUAUGGACGUCAAAAUACUGAACUCAGUGACGCUGCAGAUGAUAAAAACAUUGUUCCAAUGGACUACGAAACUGCUGUUGGAGAAAUUAAUCCAGCCGCAACAGUGGAGAGACAUUUGGAUGCUACGAAUGAUCUGAGCGCUCGAGGACUUCAUUCAUCAAUUGAUAGAGUCGACUAUCAGCCAGAUGUAAACCCAUCACAAUUGUAG